AUGUCAUCAUCAAUUUCAGUUGACGAACCAACUCAAAAUGAAUUAGCGAAUUUAAGUGUCGCAAUUCAAAAACUUUGGGAUUUGGAUCAUAAUAGAUUGAAACCUGGAGGAGAAAAUGUGACAAUUUCAUUAUUCCAAUUUGUCUCCAAACAAUCCUUUCAAAUACCAACCAUCAAAUAUUUCUGUGCCUUACUUGAUAAUUAUAUACCUCAAACCGGUAUAGCAGAAAAGGUGGAUAACUCCGAAUUAAAAGAAAAUUCUCAAUUUAUUAAGGAAGUUAUGAAAACUGCUCCAAUGAAGUACGCUUAUAAGGCAAAACUUAUUAAAUUAUGGUUUGAUAUGUACGCAAGGCAAGGACAUUCUGGUGAUUCAAGUGCAUUUGAACAUGUUUUCCUUGGUGAAGUUAGAGAUGGCGAAGCCAAAGCAUUUCAUAAUUGGAUUGCCAUUUAUUUCUAUGAAAAAGCUGGUAAAUUUGAUUACAAGAGUUUCGUACCAAUGAAAGAAGGAAAUAGACGACUCAUUACUGUAAGUUACGAAAAAACAUUCUCGACUUCAUUCAUUGGUACAUCUCCCGAAUUCGAAAUAUCCCUUUACACUUUACUCUUUUUAUUGGGUCGGGAAGAUACUAGAGUCACUUUGGAUGAUAUUAAUAUAAAUCUUAAGCUUUACAAUUUUUAUGAAAGAAGUGAUAGAGAGAAAAAGAAUAGAUUAUUAGGUUCAGCUUUUCCUAUGAUUCUCGGACCUACUGCUUAA